GUAAGUAUAAAUGCUGAGACGGAAAGUUAUCCGCUCAUACCUCUAGACUCGGCCUUUGCGGGUCACCAACAGCUGCGAGAGGCUGAGAGCAACUAUCAUCACUGCCGGCGGUGCCAUCAACAGUGACUGGGAACGAGCAGGAUCUGAAUACUUCCCAUACGACCAACUAACUUACCAUGAAGUCGACAUGUCUUCUCAUCUUGGCUUCUCUCGUGCUCUGCAACUUGACCGUGUGUGGGGGACAGGGCAUCCCUGCUGAGGAUGAGACGGACCUAAGGACCAUAGACGACAUCAUCCUACAGAGAGCAGAAAGUCUCCUGUUACGGUCCAUUCUCAAAAAGAUGCAGGAUGAAGACGAGGGAUUCUCCUCUCAGCCUGAAUGGGUGUCAAAACGACAGCAUCCCGGUAAGAGAUACGGCGAGGAUUUGGAGAAGCGACAGCAUCCGGGGAGGAGAGAAGAAGACGAGGAUGAUCAGUACUUUGAUGUUCAAAAGAGACAGCACCCGGGCAAACGCGAAGAUGAAAUGCACACGUUCAUGGAGCUCCAGAAAAGGCAGCACCCGGGAAAGCGCUCCACCAUGGGACACAUGUCUGACAACCCCGUCAUACUCCUGAGUGAACUUUCUAAACGACAGCACCCUGGCAAGCGCUACCUGGUGCUGCACAGCAAACGCCAGCACCCAGGUAAGCGGUAUCCCGAGGAUGAGGAUGGCAAUGGGGACUGGGAUGCGGAUGCGGAUGGAGACGAAGACCUGCCAGAGUUGGAAAAGCGUCAACACCCCGGAAAACGCUUUUGGGAUAACUCGAGUCCGGAUUUGGGCACAAACAGUCCGUGUGAUGUUUUGGACCCUACGAGCUGCAGCAAGACCAGUCUGCUGCUCGACUUUUUAGACAACAUUAAGAGUCAUGCAGAGGAGAAGAGGCAACACCCGGGUAAAAGAUUUGCACCGGAGGAGGAUUUGGUGGAAGGAGAGUAGGUUAAAGAAAACAAGCUCUGGUGUGCGCAUACUGCUGUAUUGUAAACAAAUAAAUGUGUAAAUUAAGUGACCAUAAUGAAUAAUUAAAAAUGAAAAAAGAAUUAACAUCAUUUAGCCUUUUUGUGCCACUGUUUCUUUUUUUUUGGCAGUUAAUGACUGUAUCAUCAUCGCAAAACAUUUACGUGCCGUUUGUUUUCUUGGGGAGCUUGUGCGUAACUGUCCUCCGAAGUGAUUACAUCGCUGUAAUUAAGGUUUUCACAAGAGUGCGUGCCCUACUUUGAACUUUACUAAUGAAUUAUAUGAUAAUUAUCAUUACUUAGUAUUUAUUCCGUUAAUUAGUCUACUUAUGCUGAAAUCAAGUCCAAGGAUGAAAGCAUUAGUCUACUGGCUUUUGCGAUGUCGCCUCUGUGAGGCAACACACGCUGGUCAGUACAGUACAUGCUUGAAUUAAAUAAAAGUGGCUACGUUUACACUUAUGGAUAGAAAUCUCAUUCACUGACUAAUUUGUUUUUCAUUCUUUUGUACUUAUGUAAAAUAUAAUGAAUACCGCAGCAAAUAAAUUGUGUCAUUUAUUAUUUUUCUAUACGUCAUUGCAUGGAUUAUGUUCAUUUAACCUAAUGUUGUAAAGGAAAAGCGACCACCAAUGUUUUUGUUGGACAAUAAAGCGCAUUGGUAAAAAUGUA